ACGACGUGUUCAGUGGCAGAGACACCAACGCCGACGGAGCCCCCAAAGCGACCUCUGUCCCGCCCCACCAGCACCACCGCGACCUCUGGAGCGGCAGCUCGGGAAAGACUUGAGGGAACGGCGCGGGGCACGAGGGAAAGCUGAGGGGAGGGAGUCGCGAGAGGAACGACGCGAGAGCCCGCACGCUGAGGGCUGGGGACUGCCAGGAGAGAAGUGAAGCGGGCGGCCCGCGAAAGAGCAGAGCGGAGAAGGGUCGCGGGAGGAUUAAGGAACACCCGGGAUUGCCCGGUGGGAAAAGCUGAGGGGAUUUCUGAAUCCUGGGGAGAGGAGAAAGAUUUCCAAAGAGGACGCGUGGGUACGGACGCUUAGUCCGCGAUCCGAGAGAGGAAUUGGAGCGCUCCGAGGGAGGGGCUUAAGGGGGAAGCUUUAGAUAAAAGAGCCUGUACGGGAGAAGCUAAGGGAAUUGCAAAAGGAGCAGGAGCUAAAGAGUAGAGGAUCCUUCAGACUGGAGAAAGGGAAAACUAGAGAAGUUCCCGAGGCACCUUGCAGCCUGCCUCCUCCCCACUUCAAACUCCUCUCCCUUCCCCGAAAGUUAAAGAGAAAGCCAAGGUUGCUGCUUCUCCCGGGUUUCUACUCAAUAAAUACUACUUUUACCUUCCCACGGGAAAACAGAAAAGAACUCAUUUCCUUCUCAAUUUCCGGGCUUAGAAAAGAUCGAGGCCUCGCAAUUUGAUUUUUCGCCUGGGAGAAUCAAACUAGGGAGGGUAUUGCUCUAUUUUCAAAAUCCCACACCUCAUCCUUCCCCGGACGCCAUGUCUACGAGCAGCUGUAGUUUCAAUGACCGGCGCGUGUCCAUCCUGUGUUGCAAAUUCUGUAAACAAGUGCUCAGCUCUAGGGGAAUGAAGGCUGUUUUGCUGGCUGACACUGAAAUAGACCUUUUCUCUACAGACAUCCCUCCUACCAAUGCAGUGGACUUCAUUGGAAGAUGCUAUUUCACUGAAAUCUGCAAAUGUAAACUGAAGGACAUCGCAUGUUUAAAAUGUGGGAACAUUGUAGGUUAUCAUGUGAUUGUUCCAUGUUGUUCCUGCCUUCUUUCCUGCAACAAUGGACACUUUUGGAUGUUUCACAGCCAGGCAGUUUAUGGUAUUAACAGACUAGACUCUACUGGUGUAAACUUCCUACUUUGGGGCAACUUGCCAGAGGUAGAAGAGAGUACAGAUGAAGACGUGUCAGAUAUCUCAGCAGAGGAGUGUAUUAGAUGA